AUGAUGAACCGAGCCAUACUACGUAAGAACUACACCGGCCUGGACGAAAUGCGGACACAGCAAGGAACUAGCGGCCGGUUUGUCUCUCUGCGCGUGGAGAAGACUCCUGCUGUGUUUAUGAUACAGACCGUGCACAUCGUCAUGUCCUACUCUGUGCUGCUCUGGCGCAAUAUUUUCAGCGGUGUGCCGGCCAUGGGCACGCGGCCGUCGGGUCUCGAGGAACGCGAUGGAGAAAUUUGUCUACAACGUAAAUGGGCCGCUUUACGGAUUAAUGGCAAGGCCGCCAUACCUGUACCAAGGGCAACCCAAAACCCGGGAAAUUCACAGCGCUACCAAAAUUCGUCGGUGAAGCGAGCAACCCGAAGGAUCACCGGGAAAAGAGCAGCUGGUUUUUGGAGUGGAUGUUUUCCCUGUCGCAGGACGUUGCUGGCGACGAUGGCGGCCAUCAAUGCGGGUUGCGUGGAAGGCAACGUGGUGGUUGACAUGCCAUCGGGUUUGAAGUGCGCGUGGUACAACCUGACGCACCCUGCUCAGUUUGCGAUACUGCUUCUGAUGGUGGGUCUCGUGAGUUUUGUCAACCGGCUAUUCAACGAGGCUGAUAAGGUGAUGUACACUCGAUUGUCCCGCGCCACCGACGCUUGGAUGGACGAGAUGAGGCAUACACGCCGGGGGCAUCAGCCGGUGGCAACCUAAAAUGUUCCACGAGACGGGGAUGACUGACGUUGAAUAUUCGGGGCUCGAGGCAUGUUAUCUUAACCAUGGCGUUCGUCGUGAUGUAAGCCAGGGACCACGGUGUACGGAGAGGAAGAGCUAAGAACAUGUCAUCUAGUUCGCACGCCUGAGGACCCGUCAAAGCCACUCACUCUGAGAACCGAGCUGGGGUACGUCCAAACUUGCAUGAUUCUAACACAUUAAGCAUCGGAGUGAAUUGCAUUGCUGGUUGCACCUUGCAGAACGUGCUAGAGAUCCGCCAACAUGUAGCCAUGCGAACCCGCGCUAUUAGUUUCAGGAGGGGAGCGACUGGUGUGCGAAAAGCCGUUCACGUGGCAGCGGGGUGCUUGAAUUUUUUGUGAAUUUUUUUUUCUCUUGAGACGAAGGAUGUACCACAACAUGGACGCGGGGUACGGCAAAAAGCCUUAGUGCUGUUGUAGACGGAAGCAAGCGCACGAUCGGGUGUGACCUCCUCGCCUCUUCGUUUCCUACACGACAUAGCACACUUUUGACGAUUCACGUGGACAGUAACUCGGGGGCACCCCGUUCAGCGCUCGUUUGCUCUUCUAGGUUGCGAUCCGACCGCAGUUGUCAUUUUUUGUUUUGUUGGGGGUGUCAAUCCAUCUAGUCGGAUAUCACUAGAUUCUUCACUCAAAGUUGAAAAGUCGAUGACACCGAUUUCGGUUCGGCGUGAAUGCGCUGGCAUUUAAGUAGACCAAGUUGGCAGACUGAGCGCUCGUCUGUGGCGACUCGCUUGUAUGUUCGUUGUUGUCGAAUCAAGCACCGCCCGUUCCAAAUAUCGACCGCAGCACCCACGACACACCGGUAUCCAUAGAUAGUGUUGUUCGUCGGGUGGGAAUAUCGUCCCGCCGAUGAUGUGCUGUUCUACUGUUCGCUACAACCAAACGCCUUGCUGUCACCAGUUCAUCUUGCGGUUCAGCAGUACGUUACGGGGGCUAGGGGCUUUCUUCCAAUCCUUGUGUGAAGGAAUCUACCGUUUAGAGCUCUUGAACUCUUUGCAAACCAAUCAACCGGUGCCAUAUUCUGCAGCGGUCUGCCGGUUACGUAGCUACGUCGGCUUGGACCAUCUGUCAAUUCCACUCGCCGGGACAAUGGGCUGAAACAACGACUAGCGAAUGAUGUUCGAACAGAGGAAAUGGGUCCGGGGGGAGGGGAUGAGUGACAAACCUUGCAUGCCACGUUGUCUCCACAGUACGAAACGCGUGUCCUUCACGUGAUCCGUUGGCUAGAGGGAGGCAUUCCGCUCUUCUUUGUACCUAUGUAGCAUAACGAUCGAAUUUUUGAUGACCCGGUGUCUGCACUUGUCGAGGGUUAUCAAUUUCGGGGUUCCCCGACCUUCGUUGCUUUU